UCUCCAUCUCCAUCUCCGACGACUCUGCUCAUCUCACCGCGCGCGUAGGCAGGUGCGGCAGCCAGGGGAACUAUGACGGGGCAGCCGCCAAGGCUCGUGUUCCGGUUCACCCAGGCGGAGGUCGCCAAGAUGGAGGAGGUCCUCCGUGAGCUCGACGCCAAGCCCAAGCGUCCUGUCAUCCAGGGCCUAAUCGAUCACUUCAACGCCUCCCCGGACCGCUCAGGCGACGGCAAGGUCCCCGUCCAGUACAAUCAGGUGAGAAAUUGGUUUCAUAACCGGAGGUCCGUGCAGUCGCAGCUGUCUAGGACCACCCGGGGCGCCCCGCCACCGCCGCAAGGGAAGAUGAUGCUGCCCACGGUGGCUGAGGAACACAACCCAGUGGCUGGAUUCUACUCAGGGAAUAGUUCUUCGGAUGGUGUCCAUGUCCAGUUUGAAGCACUGUCAGCUAGAAAUGGCGCAUGGUACGAUGUUGCUGCCUUUCUGAACUACAGGUUCUCUGAAACGAGGGACCCGGAAGUACUAGUUCGGUUUUGUUGGCUUGGACCCGAGGAGGAUGAAUGGAUUGAUGUUUGUAAAUGUGUGAGACUGCGUUCUCUUCAAUGUGUUGCUGUGCUUCCUGGGGAUCUUAUUCUUUGUUUUAAGGAAGGCAAAGAGCAGGCCGUCUAUUUUGAUGCUCGUGUUCUUGAAGUUCAAAGACGCAGGCAUGAUAUAAGGGGUUGCCGCUGCAGGUUUCUUGUCUGCUAUGAUCAUGAUCACUCUGUGGAGACUGUUCCACUCAGCAAGCUAUGCCGUCGACAAAAAUCUAUUCACAUGCACCAGAUCUUGCAUGACAGAUCGGCAGCAGCAUCUGGAGAUGCUCAGAAAGCCCAAAAGCCGCACAAGAUCAUGGAUGUGAACCUUGACAAGGGGACCGGGGUUGCCAUCCCACCAGAUGAAGAAGAGCCAUCUGACAAGCUGGCAGCUCCUUUACAAGCCGCACCUACUAGUCCCCACAACAAUUUGGUUGCAGAUGUUGAGAUGGGGGGUGCAGAGGCUGCUCCAGACGGUGAAGCUGAACAUGAAGCUGAAAACAAGAUGAAUUUGGGAGGGUAGUUGUUUCGCUUCCCUGUGCAUUUUGUUGUGAACUUCUUAGUCCAAAAAUUGUUCUCCUAGGAACUUCCAAUCGAAGAAGGAUGGUUUGCUGGUAACUGUGAUGUGGCGAUGUUGACUUGAUUGCUUGUGUGGUGCUCAAAGUGUUGAAUUCGGUAUCUAUAUCUACAUAGCUAUGUCGUGAGAGAACAUAUUGUUUUGUGGUUGUAU